UCAUUUCUUGGGGCUGUGACCUGCUUCCCUCCACUCGUUAACCACCUGUGACGGCAAACAGGAAAUCUCAAACAUUUAUCAACCAGAUUUUCACUGGAAAACAGCUAUUUCUAUCACUUUUAAGAAGGCGAGAAUGGAGGAAUUUUCUGGGGAAGAGGGCUCUUUCAACUCUGAAGAGGCCAGUAACUCCGUGAAAGAGUGUAUUCAGAGUAUCAUUGGAGAAGAGAGCUACAGACAGGACACUGUGAACCAGUGGACAGCCAAGAUUGUGGAGCAAGCCCUCACCCUGCUGGUCAAACAGACUAAGUCAUACAAGUACAUUGUUAGCUGUGCUGUCAUGCAGAAGAGUGGUGCUGGUCUCCACACAGCUAACUCCUGCUACUGGGACACUGUUACUGAUGGGAGCUGCACAGUGAAAUGGGAAAACCGCACCAUGUACUGUGUGGUCAGUGUGUUUGCUGUGGCCUUAACCCCCUAGACCAGGACCAACUCUGAUACUGCUUAUAGAAGGUGCAAUGCUUCACCCAUCCUGCAGGGGAGGUAUUCAGUAAUCAGUAGCUCACUGUACAUUCUAUGCUGAAUGGGACAAGCAGCGAUACGGCUAUAGAUGUGGUAAAGGGGUCAAUGGAACUCGACCAAAACAAUGGAAAUGCGUGUAGGAAAGAUCCCGACUCUCCUAAUUGCCCUCCAGAAAAAUGUGGUUAUUUGUAUAUUUGACAAGACAUGUUCAUGUCAUCAAGAGUCACAUUUUUAAUGUCACAUGCACAAGUACAGUGAAAUGCCUUUAUUGCAAACUCAAAACCCAACAAUGCAAUAAUCAAAAACAAUGUAAUACUAGAAGAAAAACCGACUGACGACCACUACUGACUUCUGUAUGCUAGCUAUGCUACCAGCUUAUAGGAAUGGGAGUUAGCAUUUAGCGGUCACUUCUUCUAAACCUGAAAAGGGACAACUUCUAAAUGUUAUGCAGUGAAAACAGCCAAAUAUAUCCAAAUCAAACUUUAGUAACCACAUUGUGGGCCCGUUACAAUACAUCAAUCAUGACGGAUUUGACAAAUAUUUACUUUGUUAGAUCAGAUUUGUUGAAUGUGCCCCGAUCCUGCGUCCUUCAAUCCCCACGGUCUGCGUUCCAUUGACCUAUUUACUGCAUCUAGUGAAAUGCUCUGGAUGGGCUGAAAUGCUGUCUACCCGGAAGACACUUUAUUCAUUGACUUUAAAUGCAUCAGUUGAAAUCUUCCUAUUAUGACAGCUUGGCUUCAAAGCUGCUACCUUACGAUACCAAUGUUCCAACUAUAAUGUUGGCUUUACUUAUAAUGAAUAAGUCAUUAUUUUGGUGGGUGCUUAUAUUUGUCCUGUUGUCCCACUUCCUUGGUAUAGGGUGAGGAAAAGCAGUGUUUAUUAUGUACAUUAUUUUACAUCACAGAUGAACUUGCUUUAGGAAAUGUUAUGUAAACCGAUCACAGGAUAGUGUAUACAGACACGAUUUCAAGUUGCAAUCAUUGUUUUAAACAAAUGAAGAAUAAAAGAACAAGUUCCAUAGAAAUAGUAAUAUGCCUGUAAUUUUGUGGGGUGGAAGGUGCCAUCAAUAGACUGUAGGACCCAUAGCUGAAUGUCAUUAAAUGUUCAAAUUAAACCUUUUUAUGAUGUCUGUGUAUAACUUAUAUCAAGCAGCACAAAUACAACACCAUGCAGAUCCAUAGGUAUUUAACAACUCUAGCCAAGGGUUAUCACAAUACUUUAUGCAGUCUAGUUGAUCAGCCACACGCUGCAAGACUUUUCCUCACCAGCACUUUAGGUUUAUUUGAUUGACCUCAGUAAAAAGAGACGCUGAACUCCCACACGAACACACAUAGGACUGACUCAGUGUCUGUGUGUUCACUGGUAGCUGAAAUGUAUCACUCACUUGGCCAGCCUACAGAAACUCUCAGCUGCUAUUGAGUCCAGCAGGAGAAGCUGCAGCUGGGAUAACUAGAAUAUCACAUCCCAAACAGCUUUUUGUUGCUGCUCAUUUUCAUUUUAGACAAACGUUUGCUGUACCUACACACUGAAGAAAGCUGCAAAGGCAAAAUGUCUGGUAGACUAUCCCUGGUGCAGUGAAAAUAAAAUAUUAUUUUAAAUGAAGUAAGCUUUAUGCAUAUUAUUUUGCUUAUACAAACUUGUAAAAACAACACCAGAAACAGGAGGAAGUGGAACUAGAGAGUUUUGACACUAGAGUUUCUGUGUUUGCAUGUUGUAUUGCAGAACAAGAAUAACGUUCUGGCCUCUGGUAAAUGCGGGUAGGUUUGGGAAUUUCUUCACAGAUUUGUGCAAGAAACCUAUUGUGAAAUGUCACUGAGGAGGGGUGUAGAAGGUCAUGAUCAUUAGAACAGUGAAGUUUGCUUCCAUUUUUGUUGCUAUGAUCUGAUAAACUUGUGUGAGAUAAGGGAACUUAAGUUU